AUGGUACAACCCGUCGAAGCCUUCCCACCCGAGGAACUGGCCGCGCGCGUGCAGUUCAAUGCGCAGGGCAAGCGCGUCAAGCCGCCGGUCGACCUGGAGCAGUGCAAGCUGCUGGAGAUGGUGCAGUACGCGUGCGACGUCGAGAACAGGAACGACCCGCGCGCCCGUAUAACGUGCCGGCCCUUAGUACGGCUAUUCCGGAGGUGCGCGAACGGGUUGACGGUCGAGACGACGGCGUGGGAGGAUCUCGAGCACAGGCUGUGA